AUGAGUGAGAUCGGUGAGGGUGGGAACCUGAAGAGUGUAAAUGGAGAACUGUAUGCCCCCCUACAGCAUGUAUCUGCAAUACUCCCUGGCGGUGCUGAUGAUAAAGCUGGAGUCAAUAUAUUUUAUAAAUGUUUAGAGGUGAACGGAACCUCUGUAGAGGGUGCUAGUCAUAAGCAAGUUGUAGAACUAAUAAAGGUAUCCGGAGAUACUCUAAACCUGUGUGUAGUAUCAGUAUCGGAAGAUGAAGCUGACAGGAAUAGAUUUGACAAUUCUGAAGGAAAACUGGGACUGCAGUUUGUUGAUUAUUCUGAGAAACGAUCUUUACCAAUCACUAUACCAGACUAUAGACAUAUCCAUCAGGAUGGAGAGAGUUAUGUUGUGUUUAACAUAAAUAUGGCCGGCAGACAUCUUUGCUCGCGCAGAUACCGCGAGUUUGUAGAGAUUCAUAGUGCUCUAAAGACAGAAUUUUUAGGAUAUAAUUUCCCGAAGCUACCUGGGAAAUGGCCGUUUAACUUAUCUGACCAGCAGCUGGACUCUAGGCGGCGAGGAUUGGAACUAUAUUUAGAGAGGGUUUGUGCUGUCAAGGUUAUAGGAGAAUCUGAUCUGAUGAAGGAGUUCCUGACUGAAACUGAUAAAACUGGUACAGCCACAACCUCGGUAGAUAUCAAGGUUUUAGUAUUGAACGACGAACUGGUUACCCUUACAAUCCGCAGAAAUACAACAGCAAUGGAGGUCUUUAAUCUGGUGUGUCAGGAGAUAGGUUUGCGACCUGAGAACAUGAUAUUCUUUUCCCUCUUUGAAAUCCUAGAUCAGAAUUUUGAGAGAAAAAUUCAAAAUAAUGAGUUUCCACACAGCCUGUACAUGUCAAAUUAUAGUACUGCAGCUGCCACCUGUAUCAGGUUGAAACGCUGGCUGUUCUCCCUGGAUUUGGAACCCAAGAUAUGUCAGGAUAAAAUUGCAGAGAAAAUAUUCUUCUUUGACGCGAUCCUGGCGGUCAACCGAGGUCAAAUAGUGCUUAAGGAAAACAGUUUUCAUCUUAAAUCCCUUCAAGAUUCAUUCAAAAUUAGCGAGUAUUUAUCUAUUGUGCGUGAAUGUGAUGGGUAUGGAUCUAUAGUGUUUCCUCAUUGCUGCUCUGAUGCAAGAAAGGAGGGUCAUGUCACACCUAUUGUAACAUUUACAGGUAUUAUUUUUGGCAAAUCUUUUUUGAGAAAACGCUUUAUAAAUUAUUGGGUUAAAGGAUCAAAAAAGAUGAAACCCCUUACCUUUGAAUUUCAGUACAAGCGACAAGAUAAGGGAGAUAGAUGGGUUCGGAUAGUCAGCCCUCACUACCUUUACCUCUACGAAUGCUUCGAGAGGAUGCAGGAUGAGAACUCCUGGAGCCAACAUCAGAUACACAGCAGUUUAUAAUUUCAUUUAGUUACAUACUUAUCAUUAUCAGAUACACAGCCGUCUAUAAAUUCUUUAGUUCCACACUUCACAGAUACACAGCUAAGUCUAGGAAUCCUGAUAAUACUAAAAAAAAUCCAGCUCUGGUCUAUUGUUAUUGAUCAAUAUUAGACGUGCAUAAACACAGUGCUAGUGAUUUUGUAUUUUUACUCUGCAUUGGAAAGGGAUUAAUAGUACUAAUCCCCUCCCCCCUUUUCACAAUCAUUUCAGAACAUCAAAGACUAAAUUUAUAAAACAUGAAUGUUUAAAAGAUCAUCAAUGUCACCGUUACCUAGUCAUUUUUAACCCUCAUUUUAAAUUUUAAGUUUUAACUUAUUUCUCUGGAACUUGGUGGAUAUACCCCAGAUUCUUACCAGUUAUUAACCAAAACAUAAAUAGUUCUGACUUUUUGAUGCUGAUUAAAUAAUUUAAUUUCUAAUUUUAAACACCAAAUUAUUUUUCUAAAUGAAAUCAAAAGAAAAAUAUCUGAAGCUUUAGUUGUGAUUUCGUAAAUUUCAAUUUAAAAAACUCCAUAUAGCUUGAUUUACUAUUCUUAUUUUGUUGGAAAUUUCAAGAACGGGUUUCUAUUUUUUUGGGAUCAAUUUGGAUCCUUAAAGGCCUUACGGAACCUUUCAGGAAGAUGUAAAAAAUGCUUGAUUCUGGAAAAAAUAAAAAUCCUAAAUUGAUAAUUUCAUUAUUGUGAGAAAACAGAAACAUCGAACUAUUAAACAUCUUCUUAUUAACGCACAACUUGACUCAUGUAAAUAUGAGCUGACCAACACUGUCAAAAAUUUUAAAUUCAAUUUUUUUAAUAUUGAGUUUUUUUUUAAGAAACACCAAACAACGCAUAAUUGUCUUUGUGUAAUGUGUAUCCAAUUAAUAUACCCACAAAAUAUAAAUUCUAUAAUUGCCAAUAUUUACAGGCCUGAUAGAAAAUCAUUUUUCCAGUUACUCAAAAGAAAUGUUGUGAAGCGUCUCUC